AUGGCUGCAUCUCAAAGGAGUCCGGGGCUGAAAGACGAGUGGAGAGCUACACAAGAACAUCAAGAUAAAAGUGCUUUCGUUCGCGGUCGCUUUUCGGAGCACGAAAGGGGAAAGAACAGACACCGCGUUAGGCGUAGGCCUAGUGGUCCGGAUCGUCGUUCAAGGUCGCCAGUAUCGUCGCGUUUUGGCCAGCCAUCUGGGUACGAAGAUAGCUUGGGACAGUUUGAAUCAUCAUCAAUACCUUCGGCGUCGCGAAGACCGUCUUUUUCUUCCUCUCAAUCGCUACCCGUGAGUCGAGACGGACCAAGGGCCCAAGAGGCGAACGACGUAUCAUCCGAAAAGUCCUACGGGCGUGGUGGUGCUGACAGGGAGGCCUUUUCACAAACGAGACGCGGUCGCUCUCCGCGUGGCCCACGCCGAGAUCGUAAUCGCAAGAACCGUAACGCAGGGAAUCAUCAGCGUGGGCAGUCAAGUCAGCAGAGAAGACCAUCAAGGCGAGAACGAUAUCAGGAACGAAACUCCAGAGCUCGUCCAUUUCCGAGCGGGGGGUUUGAUCAACUUGAGAACAAUCCCAAGUCUCGUUCGUCCUUAUCGCCUGCAAGACCAGAUACCGUAUUAGGUUCAGCGUCACAAAGAUCAAACAGUCCAGGAUUCUCAUACGAAGACCGUAAUAAGAGCGGGCGGUCACCGUCCAUAUCAUCAAACCUAAAAGGUGAAACAAGCACAUACAAACAUAGGCCCGCCACAGCAGAACCACGGGAUUCACCGUCUAUGUCUCGACCGACUUCGUCUUCGAAUGCUGAGGCUCGCAAUGACCCCAGUGGCAACAAUAACGCUUCUGAAUCUUUUUCUAGACACGGAACGAUGAAUACGACGCAGGACUUCGAUAUGCGGGAUGCGCCAACAGGACCACGUGCGGACAGGCAACAUGCUUCUCAAUAUGGGUCAUACCACGGGGGUUCAGAACCUAACUCGCCGUAUCCAAAUAGUAGAGGAGGUCGCAACAAGCACAUGGGGAAUGACCAAGAUUCAUAUCAGCAUGAUACAAAUCACGCCCCCAGCAACAUGCCUCCAGCUCGCGGAGGCUAUCAUCGAGGUUUUCAAGAUCGUCGUUUCUCCGGCCAUGGCCCAUCCGGCUUCAACGGUUCCAGCUCGCAACGAGGCAGAGGUCACUUUAAUAGUCAUCAAUGGAUCCCGACAGGACCUCGAGAUCGAGGAGAACAGAACAAUUCACCCAACUUUCACCACUCCGGUUCAAAUACACCGCAAUACCAAGCUUCUCAAUCCAAUGACCAGCCACCAGCCGCUUCUCACCAUGAUGAUAAUUCCAGGUUUCUGGGAGACGUGAACAUGGAACACGUUCAAGCUAAGCCUAGCGCAGAUCUUGGGGAUGCUCAAACUAUGCCACCGCCUCCCCGAGAACCGGCUUCGUCGACAACCCCAGCGAAGGAAGGUAGUAAAUUUAGUUUUGCAUUUAAAUCGAAAGCGAACCCUCCGCCUCCUGCAAAACCUGUCCCCGAUUUGGCUCAGAGAAUGCAAGUUCGUGAACCGCCUCGGGGGCCAGCUAUGCGUCCUCCUGAGCAGCCGUCUCGUAAUAGAAUGUCUGGACCGCCUCCGCCACCAAAGUUCAAACAGGAUCAUCGACGAGAUCGAGACCGAGAUACGCACCGCGGCCGAGGCAGAGACGAUCGACGAGAUCUCCACCCGAGAAAUCCGCGCGAUUCAAGGCGAGAAGACCAUCGCUUUGACCCCCGUGAUGCGCGACAUCGCGAUGACCAGCGACCAGACUUUAGACACGAUCGUCGCAGGGAUAGAUCUCCUGAGCCAAAGAGGCAGAAAAGGACUGUUCAGCGCGUUAGACCUCGACAGAUACUACCGGAAGAGUUUCGAGAUUCAGACUCCGUAUACUAUCGCAAACCUGGGGAUGAAUCUGUUAUUGGUGCUGGCACUUAUGGAAAAGUGUUCAAAGCAAUACAUAUAUAUACACAGGACAAAGUUGCUCUCAAAAGAAUACGGAUGGAAGGAGAAAAGGAUGGAUUUCCUGUUACUGCAGUGCGAGAGAUCAAAUUACUGCAACAUCUACGGCACAACAACGUUGUCAGCUUGUUGGAGGUGAUGGUGGAAAGGAAUGAAUGUUUUAUGGUGUUCGAAUACUUAUCACACGAUCUGACUGGGUUGAUUAAUCAUCCUACCUUCACACUUACGGAGGCCCACAAAAAGGACCUUGCCAAGCAGAUGUUUGGUGGUCUCCAGUAUCUUCACCAUCGCGGUGUUCUUCACAGAGACAUCAAGGCCGCCAACAUUCUGAUCAGCAACCGUGGCCAACUGAAAUAUGCGGACUUUGGAUUAGCCCGUUUCUUCUCCAAGAGCCGCCAACUAGACUACACAAACCGAGUUAUCACGAUUUGGUAUAGACCACCCGAGCUACUUCUUGGUGACACUCGAUACGGGCCGGCAGUUGAUAUUUGGAGUGCGGCAUGUGUUUUCAUGGAGAUGUUUACGAAAAAGGCAGUGUUUCCGGGCGAUGGAAAAGAGCUCAACCAACUCGACAAACUCUAUAGCAGCCUUGGAACACCAACGCGAGCCGACUGGCCAGGCAUCGUCGACAUGCCUUGGGUAGAAUUAAUGGGACCGACAGAGAGAAAGAAGAGAGUCUUUGAAGACACGUAUCGAGACUUUCUAAGUCCCAGCGCACUUGAUCUGAUGUGCCAGAUCUUUCAGUAUGAUCCUGCUAAACGACCGACAGCGGAUGAAGUACUUGCUCAUGCAUAUUUUACUGCUGAAGAGCCCGGUCCACAACAGGCUACCGAACUAGAGAACAUCGAGGGUGACUGGCACGAAUUCGAGUCGAAAGCAUUGCGCAAGGAAAGAGAUCGAGAAGCUCGAGAAGCUCGAAAGGAUAGAGAAAGGGAAAGAGAAAAAGAGAAGAGAAGGGCGAGCACUGGGCUUCCUCAGGAGACACAACGUGAUGCGAAGCGACAACGUCAAGAGGAGGACAGUGCAUAACAGCAGCAGCAGCACCAACAAGGAUAAUGAGAUGCUUUUUACGAGAACUGAUCAUGUCUUAUCUAUCUAUACAAUCAAAGUCUAAUGCCAUAAUGCUUA